AUGUCCUCCAGAGUUACUCGCUCGUCAGCGAGGCUUGCUGCGGAACCGCCUUCCGAACCUUCUCCACCUUUGUCGACACGAGCCUCAACUUCUACCCGCAAACGGAAAGCACCUGAACCUCAAACCUCUAGUCCACUGCAGGAGAACACUGGUCCUGAAGCCACUCCUCAUUCUUCUACUCGAAAGCCGAAACGCCCGAAAGUGAACGAUAACCCUUCGAUAACUGCCCCACAGGCCAGGAGUACUCGGAGACGAGGAGCUAUUGCUGAGCCGGAGAUGUCCAACACACCUUCAUCAUCAAAGCAUGCCGAUGACCCUAAUACAAACAAUGCUGCAGGAUUAGGAGCAUCGUCAUCUAAGCGAAAAGGCGGCAGGAACAAAAAGCCACUUCAAGAAGCUUCCCCGUCAACACAGACGCCUGCUCGAAGAACAAAGAAGCGAUCCACGAAGAAGGAACCUGACCCUACCCCAAAAGAUGUCGAUGAAGAAACACCCAAGGCUAUCAAAAAAGAACGAGAAUCGCCCACACGUCCAAACCAGAGCGAUAGUAACGAUGCGGAAAGCCCCAGGGAUUUAGAUGAUGAAAUGUCUGACCCGUUUGGAGCAGCUGCGGCUGGCCUAUUCGGUAAUGGUCGAGGACCACCCUUGGGAAUGUCGAGCACCCUACGUGCUUUGAGUGGGAUGAUGUCGGGAAUGUCGUCUAGGCUAAGAGAUCUGCUCAACAACCUGAGACAAAAAGACGAUCCAACAAUUCAGCUUGUUGCACUUGAAGAAUUGUCUAAUCUACUGCUGGUAUCGAAUGAAGACAACCUUUCAGGGCAAUUCUCUCCUGAUCCAUACGUCAAGGAGCUCAUUUUAUUGAUGCAGCCAAACGAGAUCACUGGGGAAGAGAACCCAGAAACAAUGCUUCUGGCCUGCCGUUGCAUCGCCAAUUUGAUGGAGGCUUUGCGUGGCUCUGUCGCAAAUGUUGUCUACGGUGGAGCUGUACCGGUUCUCUGUCAAAAAUUGCUCGAAAUCCACUACAUUGAUGUAGCUGAGCAGGCGCUAAGUACACUUUCUAAAAUCUCGGUCGAUUUCCCUGGGUCCAUCGUUCGCGAAGGUGGUCUGACAGCUUGUCUUCAAUUCCUGGACUUCUUUGCUACGGGCACCCAACGGACUGCAGUUACUACAGCAGCCAACUGCUGCCGAAACAUCCCUCACGAUUCCUUCCCCGUCAUUAGAGAUGUUAUGCCUAUCUUACAGAACGUGCUCGUCAGUCCAGACCAAAAGGUUGUUGAGCAGGGUUGCCUUUGCGUCACUCGUAUCAUUGAUAGCUUCAAGCACAACCAUGAAAAGCUUGAAGAACUCGUUGAUGCCCCCUUGCUGAAACUUGUGCUUGGCUUACUUCUCCCCGGCACCACAAACCUCAUUGGUGUUAACAUCCAUACCGAAUUCUUGCGUGUUCUGGCAAUCAUUGCACGUGCGAGUCCCCGGCUAUCAAUGGAGCUGUUGAAAAUGAAUGUUGUCGAUACCUUGUACCAGAUCCUGACGGGCGUCUCUCCUCCGGAGGACACCGCCAACGCCGCCUCCAAGAUUGAUAGCGUUGUCAUCAUGCAGGCUCUGAUUCAUCGUCCAAGAGAACAGGUGUAUGAGACUCUUAACGUCAUCUGUGAGCUUCUACCGAGGCCCAAGGGUAGACCACUUCUCUCUUUUGGUGAUUACAACGACUUUGUCAGCGAUAUAAACGAUGAAGGUCCAAGAACGAGGUCCAAGGACUCGGCCAUUGACAAGCGUGUCAAACUCCUAGAAGAUUGCAAGGCAGAUACACGACGGUUUGCAAUGGUGCUCCUACCUACACUUACUGAUGCCUAUUCGAGCACUGUCAAUCUGAAUGUCCGACAGAAGGUGCUGAGUGCACAGCUCAAGAUGUUAUCGAAUCUUGACACUGAGGUGAUUCAGGAAGCUCUUCGCCCUGUUCCGUAUGCUUCUUUUCUUGCUUCUAUCUUAUCCCAAGAAGACCACCCUAGCCUGGUUCUGCUGGCACUUCAAGCGUCAGAGUUACUGCUUGAGAGAUUGGAGGACAUCUAUCAAUACCAGUUUUAUCGUGAAGGUGUUAUCGGUGAGAUCAAGAAGCUUGCUGAAAGAACUAUGACGGCUAAGAAAGAGCCUGUCUUCCCUAAACAUUCCCGCUCUGCAGAGUCACUGAAGGCGAAAAGAAUGCAAAACAACCUAUCGGAUGCGGAGAAUGGAGACCCACAUUCUAUGGAACUAGACGAUGACUUUGAACAUCGUGGCAUGAACGAUGAUGACGACGAACAGGAUCAGGAACCAGACCAUCUUGAUGAUGAUGAGGAUGAGGAUGGUGAUGGUGACAUUCUCAUCCGUGAAGACGGAGAAGGCAUGAGCGACUCACACUCUUCUGACUCUUCGGAUCAAGAGUCCUUGUCAGACUUUGCUGCUUCAGGGGUGAAGGAUCUCAUCAUUCUUCGUGCAAAGAAAUUCUUGGAGCAAUACGAAACAUCGAAGGGACACGAGUUACGGGAUAAGGCCAAUCGAAUCCUUACAGAACUUCAGACGCUCGCGAAAGAUCUUCAGAUCUGCUACCUCGGUGAUGGCAACGGGGAUGGCCGUCAACUUUUCUCGCAACUUGCGAAGUUCUUUCACGGUGAUGCUUUGGAGAGCAUUACAAGCUCAGAACUAUUGAGCUCAGAAAUCAUCCGAGCCCUGUUGGACGUUUUCAAACACACAUCUACGAAUGGCAAUGCUAGAGGUGAUUUUCUUGAAGCGUUUAUGGGAACCACGGUUACCAACAAGGUGAACUCAAGCAUCGGCAAGGGUGAUAUCACACCUUUCAGUUUAUUGAUCCAAAAAUUGCAAGAUCUUUUGAGCCGAGCCGAGCAUUUCGAAGUUCUCACUGUCAGUAACAGCGCCUCUGAAAACAGCCGAGGCAGCUCGACCUCCAUGCUAUCGAAGCAGCUUCGGCUAAAGUUGACUGCGGAUGCUGACAGCGACAUCCCACCAAGCUACCGCGAUAUUACAGUCUCAAUCCAUGCCAUUGCAACCUUCAAAGCCCUCGAUGAUUACCUUCGUCCUAGGAUAAGUUUGUCGGAGAGGCCUCAUACCGGACAACGUCGACGGGAUAUGCUAGCGACACUUGCUAACGCUCGUAUGCGUGAGCUAUCGGGAGCUGCGGAGGCAGGUUUGUUUGGAUCCACGGGUGAUCUUGCUGCUUCAAUACCUUCGGCGCCGCCUGCAGGUGCAAAGGCAAAAACUCCACGUCUUACUUCUCGAUCGAUGCCCUCCUCUGCAUCCAAAGCUGAAUCGAGUUCUGCAGCAAAGGAGAGCAAACCCGCACCAAGACGUUCCAGCCGCCGUCAUCAACCAGGCUUAUCAACAAAUGAUAGCCACCAAGCCUCGACGGGGCCAGAGCCUGGGUCCGAGAAUGUGCCUCAUCCUUUGGAAUGUGCAGAUGAGAAGCAGAUUUCGGAUGGUGAAGCAGACGUAGAUGUCGCAGGAGCUCUCGAGGCUAUCGUUGAUGAUUUGGAUGAUAGCCCAUCAGAUGAUGACGCACCUGAUCCAAGUGCUGUCAACAUGGAAAUUGCUUCAACUGGAAAGGUGACCGCACGCAAAGAAGAUGGUACCCGCGUAGCGACACCAUUGCAGCCAGGAACCCCAGUAUCUGCUGGUACACGACCGAAUCCUACAAGCCAUGCGGCCAGUAUCCAUUCUACUCGUGGGGGAUCUCUUGCUCUUUCUGCACGUCAAUUCUCCUAUGCUGCAGCAUUAGCAGCUGUUCCUCAAGAUUGGCAUAUCGAGUUCAGCAUGGAUGACAAACCGCUCCCCAAAGACACCACAAUCUAUCGUGCUGUAUACCACAAUCGGCAGCAGCCACAAGAUGCGGUUGCGCGAACGGUUUGGUCUGGCAUCCAUACCAUUAAGUUCAAGCGCGUCAAAGGCCCUUCCACCGAGCCAACAAAGAUCAAGUCGGUGAUGGAUGCCCCUGAGGAUGAAGAAGUUGGCAAGAUGCCAGCAUCUCUUGAUGAUCAUCCUACCACCUCAUCUAUCCUUGCUCUUCUGGGUAUCCUACACGAGAUGAAUUCGAAUAUCGACGCUGUUCUAGAUGAGAGGCACACGCAGAAGCUGAUAUCAGAGCCACUUGCCCAAUUUAUUAACACUAAGCUCACCGCCAAGAUGAACAGACAGCUUGAGGAGCCUCUGAUUGUUGCAAGCAAUUGUUUACCGAACUGGAGCGAAGACCUUGCUAGGCUUUUCCCUUUCUUAUUCCCCUUCGAGACCAGACAUCUGUUCCUACAGUCCACCUCUUUCGGCUACUCGCGCUCAAUGUUGAGAUGGCAGAGUGCACAAUCUGACAACGAUGACCGCCGUGACCGUCGCCGAGAUGAGCGUCCCUUGAUGGGUCGACUUCAACGACAGAAAGUCCGCAUUUCUCGCACUCGCAUUCUUGAAUCAGCUCUCAAAGUCAUGGAAAUGUACGGUGGCUCCCCAAGUGUGCUUGAAGUGGAGUAUUUUGAGGAGGUUGGCACGGGACUAGGACCGACCCUCGAGUUUUAUUCGACUGUAUCCAAGGAGUUUUCGAAAAAGAAACUGAAAAUGUGGCGCGAGAACGAGUCAAACAGCCACGACGAGUAUGCAUUUGGGCAAUUGGGUUUAUUCCCUGUUCCCAUGAGCCAAAAACAAUCCGAAUCAGAGGCUGGGAAGAAGUUGCUUAAUCUGUUCAAGAUGCUGGGUAAUUUUGUUGCUCGGUCGAUGCUGGACUCCCGUAUCAUCGACGUUUCGUUCAAUCCGACCUUCUUCCGUCUUGCAAAUGGACAUAUCAAAGCUCCAUCUAUUGCUCUUGUCAAGACUGUGGACCACGAUUUAGCUAAUUCCCUCGUUCAGGUUAAAAAAUUCGUCAUAGCCAAAGGACAAGUUGAGGAGGAUCUUCACAUGUCCGCAGCACAGAAGGCUCACGCUCUGCAAGAUGUCUGUGUUCAAGGAGCUCGUGUUGACGACCUUAUGUUGGACUUUACACUUCCUGGAUAUCCAUCUAUAGAGCUCAUUCCCAAUGGUUCCAGUACUCCUGUCACAAUUGACAAUGUCGACUUGUAUAUUGAAAGAGUCCUUGACAUGACCGUCGGAGCUGGUGUGGCGAAACAGAUCGAGGCCUUCAAAUCUGGCUUUUCGCAAGUCUUUUCCUACUCAUCGUUGCGUGCCUUUACCCCGGACGAGCUGAUCAUGCUCUUUGGUCGAGUUGAGGAGGACUGGUCUCUGGAGACAUUGAUGGAUUCUAUCAAGGCUGAUCACGGCUUCAACAUGGAUAGCAAGAGCGUCAAGAAUCUUCUUCAAACCAUGAGCGAGCUGACUCCAACACAACGACGCGAUUUCCUCCAAUUUGUUACCGGCAGCCCCAAGCUCCCCAUUGGUGGGUUCAAAAGCCUUACGCCAAUGUUCACCGUGGUCUGCAAGCCAAGUGAGCCUCCAUAUUCAUCAGACGACUAUCUUCCUAGCGUCAUGACCUGUGUCAACUAUCUCAAGCUUCCAGACUACACCGAUCUCAAUGUCUUGCGCAACCGUCUGAACGUUGCUAUACAAGAGGGACAAGGGGCCUUCCACUUAUCAUGA